GCCGGGGGCGCGCAAAGAGGGCGGGCCGGGAUAAGGGGGAGUGUCCGCUCGCCGCCGCCGCCGCCGCCGCUGCCUGUACCCGCUACCGGCGACUUCGCGGACCCUUGUCCCCACACCCCGUCGAUCUUCCCGCCCGGACUGCGGGCACCGGCUUGGGGGCGCACUCGCUGCCCUGACGGGAGCAGAAGCGGGAGUUGCUGUGGACUGUGGUGCAGCGGGGACGGCCCACCUCCCCCUCUCCUUCCCCUCCCUGACCCCUCGGAGCCAUCGCCUCGGCCAUGGGCAACGCGGCGACCGCCAAGAAAGGCGGCGAAGUGGAGAGCGUGAAAGAAUUUCUAGCCAAAGCAAAAGAAGACUUUCUGAAAAAGUGGGAGAAUCCUCCUCCGAGUAAUGCUGGGCUUGAGGAUUUUGAAAGGAAAAAAACCCUUGGAACAGGUUCAUUUGGAAGAGUCAUGUUGGUGAAACAUAAAGCCACUGAACAGUAUUAUGCUAUGAAGAUCCUAGAUAAGCAGAAGGUUGUUAAACUGAAGCAAAUAGAGCAUACUUUGAAUGAAAAAAGAAUAUUACAGGCAGUGAAUUUUCCUUUUCUUGUCCGACUGGAGUACUCUUUUAAGGAUAAUUCUAAUUUAUACAUGGUUAUGGAAUAUGUUCCUGGAGGUGAAAUGUUUUCACAUCUAAGAAGAAUUGGAAGGUUCAGUGAACCCCAUGCACGAUUCUAUGCAGCUCAGAUAGUGCUAACAUUUGAGUACCUCCAUUCAUUAGACCUCAUCUACAGAGAUCUGAAGCCUGAAAAUCUCUUAAUUGACCAUCAAGGUUAUAUCCAGGUUACCGACUUUGGGUUUGCUAAAAGAGUUAAAGGUAGAACUUGGACAUUAUGUGGCACUCCAGAAUAUUUGGCUCCAGAAAUAAUCCUUAGCAAGGGCUACAAUAAGGCAGUGGACUGGUGGGCGUUAGGAGUGCUAAUCUAUGAAAUGGCAGCUGGCUAUCCUCCAUUCUUUGCAGACCAACCAAUUCAGAUUUACGAAAAGAUUGUUUCUGGGAAGGUCCGAUUCCCAUCUCACUUCAGUUCUGAUCUCAAGGACCUUCUCAGGAACCUGCUCCAGGUGGAUCUGACCAAGCGAUUUGGAAAUCUAAAGAAUGGUGUGAGUGAUAUAAAAACUCACAAGUGGUUUGCCACAACAGAUUGGAUUGCUAUUUACCAGAGGAAGGUUGAAGCUCCAUUCAUACCAAAGUUCAGAGGCCUGGAGAUACCAGCAACUUUGAUGACUAUGAAGAAGAAGAUAUUCGUGUCUCUAUUACAGAAAAAUGUGCAAAAGAAUUUUGUGAAUUUUAGAGGAACAAGAUGCCAUCAGAGCUCACAGUUAGCCUUUGCACUCUGUUGAGGUAUCAGGUGGAGCUGAGAGCGUCCUUGUUGAAGCAGUUACCUAGUUCCUUCAUUCCAGCAACUGAGUGAGGUCUUUCUGCCAUCGUCGUGUGUGCACUCUGCAUCCACCUGUGUAACCAGGCACCUCUCCGUGAGCAUUGUCUGUGCCACCACACAAGCGAGACCACUUUCCUACUUUUUCAGUUGUCUUUCUCCCCACUCCUUCAUCAUUUCUUUCUCCUCAUUUCUUUCUCCUCAUUUCUUUCUCUGAACAGUGCGUUUUAUUUUAUUGGUGUUUUAGAUGAGCAGUGUUAUGGCUCUGUGAUAUUUAAAAGGAAGGAUAAUUGCUUUCUGUAGUUUGGGGGAAUAAUUGUGUUAGCCAAUGGCUUAAAGGUAAACCUAAUCAUUAUUUUUUACUGAGUAUCUCAGACUCAGUUUUGCCAAAUUCUUAAAUAAUUUUCCAAGAUAGAAUGUCUUUUCACCAAGGAAAUUGUACUCAAAUUAAGACAAUAACUCGUUGGAAUUCCCUAAUCUGACAUAUUUAAAUUUUCUCAUCCCAGAAAUUUAGAAUUCUCUACACCCAAAGGUUUGGCUCCUUAUCUCCUUAUCCCCUUGAGUAAUUGCAGGACCAGUUAGCAAAGUCUCAACUGGUUGGGAACAAUGAGUGGUGCGGAUCCCCACCUAGCCUGUCUCCCCUUGCUAAGCGCAUGUUGGUGGGUAGGAGAGAGGUGCAGUGAAGGUUUCUAGACCUUAAUUUUCUCAUGGAGUUUUAGCCAGUAUUUUCAUAGAACAUGAUGGAUAAGAGUGAUAGAUUUUAAAGUUUCUCAAAUAGUACUCAUUGUAAAUUUUUUAAAGGAAAAGAAGCAAACUUAAAGAGACAUUGGUUUGGAUACUUUACUAAGUCAAAUGACUUGUUCUUGCAAUCAAUAUAGAGGUACUCUUAUUUAAGGUUUAUUUUGUUUGUGUUGUUUUGUAACCGUUAUGAACAAAGGAAGUUGCUAUCUGCUUGUUGUUCUGGUGUAUUAUAUUUAUAAGCCUAAAUUAGGAGCACUGUUGCAACUUCUGCUUUUAUCCCCCUGUCUCAGCAGUGUGGACAGGGGAGAAGGUUUAUAAAACUGCCACAUUUGUAUUUUAAUUUUGAGGUGUGAUAUUUUUAGGUAUGUCCUAAUCUCUUUUCUCUGAGUAAACAGAAUGUAUGAUCAUGCAGAUACAAUUUUAGUAUUUGAGUUUACUUUUUUAUACAUUUUUGCCAACUGAUUUAACAAUGUUGCUGUCAUGCGGAAAUUUCAAGCACUUUUGCACAUUUAGUUCAGUGUUCGUUGGGACCCCAUGCUUAACUAAUUUUUUUUUACUAUUUUUUUGGCUUUGAAUUUUCCCAGCUGACUUUAUUUCUGUGACUCAGUGACCUAUCUUAAAGCAACACACCAAAAUAAUUUUGAAUAACCUGCAUUCAUUUUUAUGAUCAAUUUACAUACACACACGAUGUAUUGCUUUUGGUCAAAUUGAUCCUACUGUAUAUAAUCAUUCUCUUUGCUUCCUUGGUGCAGGUAGGUCGCUAACACUGUCUGUUCAUCUGUACCACCCUUUAUAAUACCGUGAAGUCAUUGUUUUAUCCUCCAGUCUGUAUGUCCUUUGGUUGUCAAAUGUUUCUGCAUGGUAAUGUCAUAUAAAGGCUAAUAGUGAUUUCAGUUGGUCCUCCUGUAUUUAAAAUGUGCAAGAAAAAUUUGAAAUACUCUGCUGUAGCAAGUUUUAUGUAACAAAGACACGUCAUCAUGUUAAUAAAUGUAAAACAUCAUUCGUAUAAAAAAACUUAAUUUUUGUAUUUCAUUUCAACCCAAGAAUGUGCUGAUCAUUGUAUUCUCUAUCUAUGCUACAAAUUCUAUGGUAGCUUUAUUGUAUAUUACUGUAAAAUUAUUUCAGUAAAUCAUGGGGAUGACAAUUUGAUUAUUACAUAAUUCAGUUUUCAGGAAUUGAAAAGAUUUCUAUGAAUUCUAAAAAUAUUUUUGUCUAUGAAAUUACUAAUGCCCAGCUAUCAGAUCUACCCAGGUAGAUAACCCUUAGGCAUACAUUGGUUUUGAGGGCUAUUCCGCCAUUUUCUUUUACUCUAUAUUUUAAGAACAUGAGCAACCUGUCAUAUAUGUCAAAGGAAUUUAUAUCUGACUAAUCAAGUCACUAAGUUUGAUUUUAGAAGUAUAUCAAAUUCUCAUUUUCAGCCCCAAUGUAGCCAAGAACAAGAUAAAAACUGACAUAAGAAAUUAGUGGGGGAAAACACAACAGUAUUUAACCUCAAAUUAAAGUGAAGGAAACAAUAAAUUAGUUUGGGCCCAGCAAAUAUUUAAGAGAUGGCAUUAUAUAGGAAAGAGCCCUAGACUGACAGUCAAGAUGGCAGCAUAGAAGAGUUGGAUUAGACAUUGCCAGGGUCCUUUCUAACUCCACAUGUUAUGACAAGAUUCUGUUUUUAUCUCCGCUUUGGAAGGACUGUCAUGCUUUGAAGAAAGCCCCUCAGUAAUGAAGUAAUUUGGGGGGAAUCUUAUCUCUGACAGUGUUCUUAUAAUUCCUUGAUUACCAUGAGAACCCUGUGUCUGUCUUGAUUCCUUACUCACUGUUUCUAAAUACACAGUUAAUAUCAAACUGUCAACCUACCAAAAAUGAUACUAUGGCUUAUGGGUAUAACUGUCUUCUUGAUGUGUUCUUGUGCUGACUGCCCAUUGGCCUGAAAAUAAUUGUUUCAAACCUGAAAAUAAAUCAUUUUUCUUUCCAACUGGUUGAUUUUUUUUCUGCUCGUUGUAAGAAUCAAAUGAUGUAAACUGUAACCUGUUAAUGUAAAAUUAUAAAGGUGUGUGCUAUUUCAUGAAUUACUUUGUUUAGAAUGAGUUUCCUAUGCACUACUAUAGCUAGGAAAUGCUGAAGACAACUGUGUUUUUUAAUUAAUCAAUAACUGCAAAAUUAAAGUAUCUUCAAAGGAUAAAA